UCUGAGGCCAAAUCGAGGCUGACUACGCGGAGAUAACCCACACUACAGCAAGAAUGUCUCCACUCAAGAAAUAUGCUCUCAUCAUGGGCUGCUCAGCAGGCGGUAUUGGUACAGGUCUGGCUGAGGCCUUUCGCGAGAAGGGAUACCAUGUUUUCGCAACUUUGCGGAAUCCAGCAAAGCUUCCUCCCAGUCUCAAUGAAGCUACUAAUGUCACACCCCUCAUGCUCGACGUCCUGUCCUCGGAGUCCAUUGCCGCUGCAGUCAGGAGUGUAACGAGUGAGACUGGUGGGCGACUAGAUGUUUUAGUCAACAAUAGCGGCCAUAACUUCAUCAUACCCGCCCUAGGCCUCGGCAUUUCGAACACCAAAAAAUUAUUCGACCUUAACUUCUUCGCUCCGUUGGCCAUGAUCCAAGCUUUCAUACCUUUGAUCAUUGAGGCUAAGGGAUACGUUGUCAAUCAAUAUUCUGUGGCUGCCUACGUUCCGAUGCCUUUUGGAAGUCAGUUAAACACAUAUUAUCCUAUUAGUUAUUCAUGUUUCCUCAUGUCUAUGGCCUGAACUUAGCGAGCUGACGACAAACUUGUUUGGCACACAAUAUAUAUAAGGUCGAUACACGCAGUACAGAUUGACGUUCACCUUAUACAUGCAUCACGUCAUUAUUCCAAUCUUUACAUUCGUUACGUAUCAAGUUGAAUGUGCUCCUCCUUGACCACCAAAGCUGGCUCGCCUUCUCACAAU